UGAAUUUAUUUAGAUUGCCGCAUUUGUAGAUUUUGGCGCUGGUCACACGCAGAGCAGAGAAGCUGAGAAACCAUCGCUUUUGCUUCUGAGGAAGACGAAGUGAGGAGUAGGACGAUCGGUUGCAGUUUCUGCCAUGAAAGAAGAUUACGAGGUCGAAGAGAAGAAGCAGGCCGCCGCGGAUGUGCUCGAUCAGUACUCCAAGUUUGUCCUGGCCUGCAUCGGAAACCAAGUUCGACCUUGUGAUUUGAGGCUGCAUCUGAUGAAGGAGAUUUCUGGACUGCCGACCUCUCUAAAGAGGGAGCCCUUCCAAUCUCCAGCAAACUCUGAUGCCAUGGGUGAAUCGUCGAGCUCCGGGACAGCUAGACUCGAUAAGCAAGACAGUUUUCGAGCUCUAUAGUUGACGGUCAUCUGAAGCAAAGUUUCUCGAUAUUUUCCCAUGUGAGAUGCAGGUUGAACUAUCAUAAGUUUUAGAUUCUUUUUACCUCAUGCAGUAACUUGUAGGUAUUCGAUUUCGCUGGAGUGAGAUGUUUAUGGCUGCUGAAAUCUCAUGUAAUGUGAUCUUUGUUGAUACAAAUCUAUGCACCUGCUUGUUAAUUUCUUUUCUCGCCCUAAAUCGGUUUUAUAAGAAGCAGAAAUCCUGCUGC